GCGCGGUGACGGCAGGGAGCGGGGAGAGGAGGAGGAGGAGGAAGCGGCAGCAGCGGCUGCGGCGGGACGCCCCCUCGGCGGAGAGCGCGCGCGCGCAAAAGGGCGCCGCCGACGAGGCGGAUCCUGCAGGCUGGCGGCGCUCGGCGAGAAGGUGCAUGAAGGAACUCCCCGGCCGCGGGAGCGAGGGGGGACUUCUAGGAAGAAGCGCGGGCGGCACUAGAGCAACAGGAGCGGGAGGAGGAGGAGGAGGGAGCGGAUCGGCGCCUCGCCCUGCCGGGGUCCCUCUCCAUGAGUCCGAAGGCGCACAGCGGCCGUCGAGGGGGCUCCAACCGCCGCGCCCGCGCUGCUCCCCGGGCUCACAAUUACGCGGCGCUGCGCGGCUCCGGAGCCAGGAGCCCUGGAGGCGCAGCCGGGAGCGCACGUGUCGGGCGGGCCCGGGAGCGCACUUGCGGCGGCCGGCGCGCCCCGCUCAUGCCUCCCGCUUGGUCGCCAUUCCCCCGGCAGGCGGGCCGAAGCGGAGGCGCUUCACGAGCUGCGCCUCGGCUUCAUUGGCGGCGUCGAGGGAGGGAGAGAGCGAGCGAGCGCCGUCACGGGAGACCCGCGGGCGCUGGCUGGGCUGGUUGCCGGCCGCCUGCCUGCCCGCGUCUCUCUCCGCCGUCUCCAGGUGCCAGGCGGCCGUCUCCUUCCCCUUAGUCCGCCUCGCCCCUCCUCCCCACGGCUCCCCUCGAGCUCGACGGGGCUCCCCUUCGCGUCUCUCUCUCUCACUCUCGCGCCCCCUGUCCCGCCGCCGCCUCCUCCUCCUCCUCUUCCUUUGCGCGCCCUCACAACACACACUGCCUCUCUCUGCUCCUCUCGCCUGAAAUUUUAUACCUCCCUCCCAUGACGUCUCUGGGACGGGCGAAGGGGGAGCGAGCGAGCGAGGGAGCUCUCCCAGCCCAGCCUGCGCGUCCAGCACAGUUCUAAUGUGUUAAACAGGCGCGUCCUGUGGAAAGGCCCGCGGGGGGGGGGGAGAUACAUGCACACAGGCACAUUGACGCCCACGUCCUGCGCUGAUUUAGGGUGGGGGUGCUUGUCUCUCCAGGCCCUGUUUCUCGCGCCUCUGCGGUUCCGGGGAAGUGGGGGGGGGCACCACAAGUUUUCUCCUGUAUGCUGCCAACUCCCCCCCCCACCCCCGAAUGAAAGGUUGGCCAGAGAAU